GAAGAGGCAGAAAGGACUCACGAAGAACCAGAAAGGACUCCCGAGGAGCCAGAACGGAUCCCCGAGGAGCCAGAAAGGAUUCCUGAAAAACCAGAAAGGACCACCGAAGGGCCAGAAAGGACCACCGAAGGGCCAGAAAGGAUCCCCGAGGAGCCAGAAAGGACCACCGAGAGCCAUCUGUGCUCCUGCCCGUGCCCCCUGCGCUUCUCCCCGCUCCCACCGCCCGGCCGCAGCUCCCGCGGAGCCUCCGCCGGCCGCCUCUGCUCCCGCCCCGCAUCCCUGCGGCUUCUCUGGGGUGAAGAUGAGUGCUGAAGAGAUUCUGGUGCGUGCAGUAGAACUUGGAAAAAAUUUCUGCCUCUAUUUUGAUGAGCUGGAGUGUGAUGCCCUCUGCAAGGAAAGGACUCUGCACCGAGUGCUGAGGAAUGUGAAGAGCCAACUGCUCGUGGUGCGCCCCGACCUGAACGUGGCUGCCUUUGAGGACGUGACAGACCAGGAGAUGCAAUCUGGCAAAGGGAUGCAUUUCAGCAUUCACUGCUACAAAACCACCACGCCCUUAGCAGGGUUGCCCGUGGCCUUCAGUGUCCAAGUGGAAGACAAAAGUUAUUACAUGUGUUGUGAGAGGGAAAGUGGAGAAAUGAUUGUUAGGUUCAAGGAAGGAGAAAUUCCCAAAGAAAUUCCUGGUGAAAGCAACAUCAUCUUUUUCAAAAAGACAUUUACAUCUUGCUCCUCCAAAGCCUUUAAGUUUGAAUACUCAAUGGAACAAGGAAUGUUCUUGGCCUUUGAGGAAGAAGGCUACUUGAGAAAAUUAAUCCUAAAGAAACUGUCAAAAGAUGAAGUGGAUGAAACCAUGAAGAUCAGUUUAUGUUAAGUUGAGUCAGAAUGAAAAUCACAACAUACGAUGGAACACUUCAACAGUUUUAAAAUACAGCUUGGUUUUUAUAGAGAAGAAACUUUAGUCUGUCUUUAUCCAAAACAAGUCAGUUUUAUGUUUUAACUACUGUCAGUACUUAGUAAAAAAAACCAAAUGCAAGUUCUUGGCAAAAGGCCAAGCAUGUUUUCCAGUCUGACAGAAGAGAUUUACACACUGAAGAAACAAGAAUGUGCAUGUCAAUACAGCCCUGUAGAAUUUGAUCCCUAAAAUCUUUAAUGCCUGUUGACCCAACAGCUUUUGAAUUAGGUUUAGACUUUUACAUUGCCAAACCUCUCAGAUGAUGGAUUUCUCACCAGAGCAGUUUAAACAGCACAUCCAGCUGCAUCCUGUGUGAGGAAACCUCAGACACUUUCCAUGAGAGACCCUCAGCUUGCCCGGAGGGACUUACCCGUGACUCACCAUCUGCAUGCUCCUCCUCCUGGGGUAAAAAUAACACAUGUUGGCAUUUAAACCAGACCACAGACCCGUUCUGACCACAACACCAACAAAAAAUUGGCCAGCUACCUGCUUUUGCUAAUAAAUAACAUUUCCUAUCCACAUUAAAAAGAAAAAAAAAAAUCAGAAAGCCCUAUCUUGUGGAAUCCAAACAGUGACUUGGUUCAUUGCAGAAUCACUGAUGGUAACACAAAUUCUCUUCCUCAUAGUGCCACAGCAAUACCAUGAGAAUGUGGAAAGAGUUUUCCACUCGUUAGCAAUGUGAAAGUCAGACAGGAUGAAGCUGAAAGUUAAAAACCACAAUCUCAGUUCCCCCCUAAAAAAUCCCUAACAGAACAUUCCCUCAGCCUCCUCUUUGUUGUCUUCUCGGUCACACAGGACAACACAGACCAGAGUUUUUAGAAAAUAAACCUCAAAAAAGUGUUGCUGAUGAACAUAAAAACCUUGAAAGUUGAAUGUUCCUGAAGUCAAUCUGCAAAAGUAUUUUACUCUACGUCAAUCCUUGUUGUAUUUUCUA